GAGUAAUCAGGUAAUCUUACCAAAAAAAAAUGGUAUGGAGAGUUUGAUCAGAUCUACAGAAGCAUAGCUUAAAUAAAAUCAAAGCUGAUUUUGAAUUAUGUGCUAGCCUUAUCUAGAAUCGGAAACAGGAUUAAUAAACCCGUGUGGCUGUAGUAUUUUAAUAUUCACCUAUUCAUCAUUUAUAGAUUGUUGAUCUAAGAACAAAUAAAUAUGGUAAGAAUGAACGUGGCCACGUGGGUAUAUGAAGGCAGGAGACAUUAAACAAACAUCGGCAACUCUAUCAUUGAGAUCUAAAAUGAAACCACAUGACUAGCCCGUGAUGUUGGAUAGCAUCCCUUACCAAAAAAAGAUGUUGGACAGCGUCAGAUUCCUCCUGUCUCAUCUAGUUUCUAUAUAAUUUGGGUUCUAACAAGGGAUGACCCAUCACCUUGCAAGACUAAUUUGUACAGAAUUUCAGUUACCUUUUUUCCAUCUUGUGAGAAAAAGAAAUGGCUCCCUCUCCUUUCCAUCCUAAAGCUUCACGUCAUGCUCGUUCCAUCAGUUUGCCAUCCAGAUCUCAUCCUCUUACUCUUCAAGUUGAGGAGCAGUUGAACAGGUUAAGGGCUUCAGAAGUCCCGUCAUCAUCAUCAAUAUUUUACAACUUGGGUGACCUCAAAGAUUUAUUUGAAAGCGUCAAUGACUUGCUUCAUUUGCCACUGACCCAACAAACAUUAGCCCAAGAACGAGGAGAGAAAUGGGUUGAUGAGUUGUUGGAUGGAUCUCUCAGGUCACUGGAUGUGUGCAGUACAGCAAGGGAUGGUCUUUCACAGAUGAAAGAAUGUGUGACAGUGCUUCAAUCUUCCCUCCGUAGAAUAAGAGUGGAAUCUGGUCUAGCAACCGCAGUUGAAGCAUAUAACAUGUGCAGAAAGAAGGUGACUAAGAUGAUCAGCAAGUGCCUCGGAGAUCUAAAGAAAGUAAAGAAGCAGCGUGCAUUUUCCUCUCUCUUGGACAAAAACCGCGACAUUGUUGCCAUAGUUAGCGUGCUAAGAGAAGUGGAAGCAAUCACCCUCUCCAUUUUCGAGUCCCUGCUGUCAUUCUUAUCUGGACCAAAGGCAAUGUCAAGGCCUAAUGGUUGGUCUUUCGGCUUCAAAUUGAUAAAUAAGAAUUCUGGGGCUUGUGAUAGGAAAGAGAUGGAGAGAUGUGGAUUUGAGAAGGUGGAUGUCACACUAGGCACCCUCCUCGGCCACAAGACACACAGGGACCUUGAGUUCAGGCAUGUUGAAGCACAGACGCAAUUGGAGACAAUGGAGUCGAGCAUCCGGGAUCUUGAGAAUGGAUUGGAAUGCAUUUUCAGGAGUUUGAUCAAUACCAGAGUCAUCCUCCUCAAUAUCCUCAACCAAUAGCAUAAUUCUUGUCUUCCAUCAGCUCCCUCAAUCUUUUUAUUCUAGGGAAUUGCCUUGGGAUUUCACUUUGUACAUUGGAAAGAAAUACAUGUAUACAGAAUAUUCUGAUUAAAUACACACAUCAGCUCAUAUAAAUAUUGAGAGCAUCUUCUACCUUCA